GCCCAGACAUAAGUGUGGCUGCUCUCUUCUCUUCCUACUCCUCUUCCUCCUCCGUUGUUGUAGCGCAUUGCGCAUAUCUCUACAAUCCCCUUCGGGACUAGCAACUAAUCGUUCCUUUUGUUUCUCCCGUUUUUCGUGGUACCCAAAUUUCCUCCCCCGAGUUUCGUUUUGAUAUAUCCUAAAUCUCGGCUCGUCUGUUUCAAGGUGGUGGUACUAGUUUGGAGUGCGGGAGCCGCAAGUUCGAGUAGUAUAUAUAAAUAUAUUUGGCUGUGUGCGGAGUGACAGAGCUGUUUGAGAGUGUUUGUGAGAUUGUUUGUAUAUCUAAGCGUUCGUGCCUGUUGUAGUUUUUUCAUAUUCUUCGUUGUGCACUAUAUCCCUCGUUCGGAUCGGAGCGUGUUGGUUCGGGUUUAUGUGCGUCGAGUUGCGGGCGUGGAAAUUUAUCGAGUUGGGUUUUUGGGUUUGAUGCUCGAUGCGUAGCCGGCCACUUGUGUGAGUACUUGGAAGUGAGUGAUGGACUGUGAGUUGUAGCAUACGGAAGAGCUGCUCUCGGUGAGGCGAGGACAGUUUGAGAGGAUCAAUUUACAGGCUGGGUUCAGUGAGUUUGGGGCUGCUUGAGCUCUUAAAAGAGUCGGGCGAUACGGGGUCAUAAGAAUCAUUUCCAGGACGGAGCCAGAAAGCUUCCACACGACCACCAGCAUGACAGGGAAGAGGCCCCGCGCAUUGACACGCACUGCGAGUGUGUCGCAGUUAGGUUCCGGUAACCUCUCUCAGGAGUUUUCGCCCCUGCCGGAAAAUCCCAAGGAGAAGUUGAAGCCUACUAUCAAGGACCCUCCCUCCUGCGCUCCGCGCGUGGUCAUCGGUUUCGAUCCCAAGCCUGCGUCUGCACAAGGACCCUCUUACAGCGAAUGUGGUGGUGUUUCCCCGAAAUCUUCUCCUUGCUCACCUUGUUUUCAGGACAAGGCCUCCUCUCCCCGUUCCGCUCUCAAUAGCCUUUUUUCGCGCCAGCCGCGUUGCGUGAAGCCGAGCGAUGGGGUGGGCUUGGGCAUUGUACUUCACGCCCAUUCCCCUGCUCCCGUUCUCUUUGUGGAAGACAUUAAAACCAGCAUAAACGAAAGGUCCGUCGAAGCUGCUGAUCACAUUUCCAUACCCGUCCGCGAGGAUAUCAGUCCUCAACGUUACUGGGACAUCCCGGUUGUACAAUCUCGUCGCCAUAGUCACCCCAUUCCUACCCCAGGAAUUAGUCCUUGCCAUUUCAGUAACCAGAUCACCAACCAUCAGCACCCCGAGAACAGGCCAGUAAUGAAAGGCCCUAAGCACCACCAAGAGGUGCGGCCGAUUCUCGGAUGGAUGGAGCAAGAUACCUUGAAGGUUGAUCGCCGUGACACAUUCCUGCUUGCAGCCUCGCCCGCUCGGGGAAGCCUUGUAGUGGGAGAUGAUACGGCUGCAUUAACUGCUACUACCCACUUUCUGGAUGAGUGCUCAUUUUGCAAGAGACAUCUUCCCGAGGACAAAGAUAUAUUUAUGUAUAGAGGAGACAAAGCCUUCUGCAGCGUCGAGUGCCGGUCUCAGCAGAUGUUAAUGGACGAGCGUAGCAAGAACUGCUCCUCCUCCGCCUUGAAACGAGGACCAGUGAUGCCCUCACGGCGAAGUGUUGCUCCAGCGUCCUCUGUUGCGGCAGCGUAGGAGCACGAUUUUGGUAACUUGUGUGUCCAUGAUGGCAACAUCGCUGGUUCCGCUACGGGUGUAUCGGAGUCGAGACGAAUCAUGUAUAGUGGGGAGGUGGACUUCAUCUGCGGAGGUUUCAUGUAUACAGCACCUUGUUUGCUUGCUUUUCAGCGAGCAAGACAUGGAGACAGGGAAUAUGAAGAAGGGUGCAGUUGUCUGCGACUACACAACCCACUGCAGAGAGGCGAUCGCAGUUUUUUUGUUCUAUUGAGGAUGAUAUACUAAAAAUCUAGAAAAAAACCGUGUAAAAUCUUACUGAUGAAUGACACUGUAGAUAGGUAUGUACCGACGACUUCAAUUUCUUCUCUUCUCCCGCUGAGGGCUUGCUGGAAAAGCAGUUUUGUACAGCGAUUGUAUGCUCCUGGAGCACUCGGAACUUCUCCACUUGCCGUUCGCAUUCUUUUUUGGUUGAAACAGUGGACACGAGGAGGUUACACACAUAUACAUGUGACCUUCGAGGUUUGUAGGCAAAUGAGCGGAUUGUAGCUGAUGAGAGAUAUUACACUGGAUUGCAUCUUUUCGAAUGUCAAGUUGGACUAGCAUAUGACCCAGGCAAAUCAAGAACGAGUUGACAUGAUGCGAGAGACUGGCAAAGGAUGAUGUAUUUAACACAUUCCAUUGGAAACCUGCCCUGCAAUGUAACACUUUGGUCUUCAUGGAGGUCAUACUCCAUCUUGUCAUUGGAAGCUUGUAGGAUUGGAAACAAAUGACUUAUUCUAGCGCUAGCUUCGGCGAUUUGGGAGUGACGCGCACUGAUGAUGGUAGCCAUGGAAACAGGAUUCUCUGUUUUUGGGGCUGUUUUUGUUCACCCCACUAUCUUUAUGAAUAAGGCUGACUUUCUAACGUGAAAGUUUGUUCUCUCUA